CCGAAAGUCGCGGAGGCCGAUUCUAACUUGGUGUCAAAUCCAUUUUGAAGCAAAUGUAUUCGUUUUCAAAACACCUCCACGUUUGACUUUGAAUAAAAACAGGAAACUUAGCAUUUUCUGUCAUGGACCCGGACACUGGAGAGCGAAGCAGCAGGAGCAGGCAUGGAAGACCACCGUCCAGCUAUGGCUCAAUGAAGAGUGAGGAGAGUGAAGACGAGGUAGACAUUCCUCUUCGAAGUCCUUCUCCGGGUGAAGCAACACCACGCGUCUCAUCCGGCCACCAGAAUGGAGGGAUGAUUCGCUGUGGGUCUCCUGAAACUCUGUACUCCGCGACCACUGACCUGACCAAGCCGCCGGGGGCUUUUGUUAUUGACACAAGGCUGUAUGAACAAGAAUGUAUUGAAGAAUAUGAUGGUGAAGUGCUCAUCACGAACUCACCGGAACCUCCUGAGCCCAUUGAAUCAGAAACUGCAGAGGAGACUGAUGCUAUUCAGCCAGGCAGACUCCACCCACAACAGGACUUGGCUCACGUUUUCUCAAGUAUCAUGGCUUCUCUGUCAGGCCUCAAUGAAGAGUUGUACAAAUAUAAAAUGUGGUUCCACCAAUGGGAGCCUGAGCUGAACUUACGGCAAAUAACGGAUGGAGACAUUCUUGAUUUCGUUGACAAGCUUAUAGAGACCCUAGGUGUCGGAACGUCUUUGUCACAUACCAUAAAAGCAUUAGAAAGUUUCAACAUGGCAAAAGCUGAUGAGCUGCGUGAGAAGUGCAAGAGAGCGCUCAUCCGUCAUCAUCUGACCAAGGCUUUGAUCAGAAAACACCAAGUCAUCCGUGAGGGAGUGGUUCAGGCUGGGAAGCACAAUAAUCUAGACGUUGUCUAUGUGGAGCCGGAGAUCUCCACGGUUGUCAGUGGAGCACUCGACCCCACUCACGAGUACAGAACCCACUCUCCACCGCCUCCUCAGCAAGCGAAUGCAGACACUUCGGUGUGUCUGAACAAUCUAUUCCGGCUUCAGAAGAGCGAUGGGCAGCCGGUGAGGACUGUGCUGACCACUGGGCUCCCAGGCAUCGGCCUGAAUGUUUCAGUGGGAAAGUACUGCUUUGACUGGGCCCAACAGAGAGCAAAUAAGGAUUUCCAGUUUGUCAUCAAACUUUCCUUCAGUGAUCUCUGGCUUCUUCGCAAAAAACAUCUUCCUCCAUCUGAGAAGAUCUCCAUCAUGGAGGUGAUAGAGUAUUAUCAUCCGGAGUGCAAAGACAUGGCAGUCCUGGAAGAAGUGGACUGUAAAUUUCUCAUUGUGAUGCACUCGUACGACUCCUACCAAACGCCUCUGGAUUGGCUGACGGCUCCGGUCAUCGACAGCAUCAGCACACCAGCACAUCCUGACGUCUUGAUCGUCAACAUCAUCAGAGGCACUCUGCUUCCUGGUGCCUGUGUUUGGAUACUGGGAAGACAAGCUGCCGUCUCCCAAAUUCCAUCAGAGUUCAUUGAUGUCUACACUGAAAUACGAGGCUUCAGUGAGGAGAUGAGAGACGACUAUUUCCGCAAACGCUUCCCCCCUGAGUUGUCAGAAAAGAUCAUGGCCCAUUACAAGCAGCUUCCAACGCUGCAGAUUUUGUCUCGCCUCCCAUUCGCCUGCUGGAUCAUGGCAACCGUGUUCGAGGCCAGAUUCCGCUGCCGAGGCUAUGGAGUGCACCCUCCCAAACUGACUCCGUUCUUCGUGAACUUCAUGAUCAUCCAGAUGAAUCGCAGGCUGCAGUUCUACUGUGAGAGAUCGGAGACCGACAAGCAAUGGCUGCGUGAGGACACGGAGCUGCUGAGGAACAUGGGAAAGAUGGCUUUUCAAAUGCUGGAGAUGAAUCGAAGCCUGUUCUUUGAAGAGGACUUGGAAGAGUUCGGCCUGAGAUUGUCUGAGGUGACGAUAUUUUCCGGACUGUGCACUGAACUUCCCCGUCCGUCUCCGGAGGACAGGAGACAGUUUUGCUUCAUACACUUUACUGUUCAGGAGUUCAUGGCUGCUCUUUAUGUCUUCACAAUGUUCCGCACGGAGUCAGAGAACAUUCUGGAUCAGGCGCCUGCCAAAUUCUCCAGGAUGUUUCCAUCCAAGAGCAAAUCUGCAGCUGGUCUAGUCCAGAGUGCACUACAGUUGAUGCUGGCUUCACCACUAGGACACUACGACAUGUUCCUGCGCUUCCUCUGCGGCCUCCUCUCUCCUAACUGCCAUGAAGCUCAGCUGGGCGGGUACUUGUAUCCCCGCAACUGCGCCAAGCUGAGUGGACUGGGGGAGGUGCAGGAACUGCUGACCAGGUCUACACACGAAGUUCCAGAGGAUCGAGUGGAAAAUGUAAAGGAAUGUUUGAGAGAGCUGAUUCAAGAGGAUGAUUAAUAGCGGCUCUUUGACUUUUAAAAUAACACCAAACUUUUUAAUGAAUUUUUUAAAUUUAAAACUGAAGUCUCCACUUUGGAUUGUGGAAAUGCAUUUUAAACCUUACAUGAAAAAAUGUCAAGGAUGCCGAGAACUUUUGACAAACUACAGAGCUACAACAGGGAGAGGGGCAACUUUUUUUGGAAACCGGUCAAAAGAAAAACAAUACAAAAAAACACAAAUAAAAACAGUGAAUGUCA